AUGUUCUCCGUUCUACCGACAGUGGCUGCCGCGCCGACGGAGGCGACCCUGCGCUCGCUUGCCGGCUUUGCCAAGUCCGUUGCGGAUGCUUUGCGUCCGUUCUUGGAGGUAUCAUCCUCACCCGCAGCCCCGGUGAUGCCACCGUGCACGAUUAAGAAGGUAGUGUCCUGCAAAACGGUCUACUCCGCCUUGCUCCGUAGUGAUGGCGUGCUGCUACUUCUCUCAAAUCCUGCUGCCAACGGAGCUGCCAGCGGCGCACACGUCUCUGUGCUGGAGAGUGGCGGUGAGGUUGUUGUUGAUGUUGCAGCGGGGGCGUCGCAUAUUGUGUACUGCACUGCCUCCGGCGCUGCUUACAGCUGUGGCUACGACAACACGUACGGGCAGCUUGGGGACGGCUCUGUGUGGUCGUCCGACGAUGCCUCUGACGGCCCUGUUGAGAAGCAGAACAUUGACGGCGUGAGGGCACCAGUGCUGAGCGCACCCAGGCGGAUUGACAGAUUCGGAGAGGAUGCGCUGGGGGACAGCGCGCACGGCAAUCGCUGUAGCAGCGAGGACAAAGAUGCGUCGCUGGGAAGUAUGGUGAAUUGCCGAGUGGCUAUCGACUUGGCGCCCCUACCGUUAUCCCUCGCUUCCUGCACCCGAUCACCGGCUGCGACUGCAAAGGGCACGUCGGCUGGCGUCGUGGGUGCUUCGUGGCGGCGCGUCCCGCUUCCAGCUGACCGAUGCAUUGCACAGGUUGCGUGCGGGGCCCACCACACGCUGCUGCUCACCCAAUCUGGUCGCUGCGUGUACGCGUGUGGCACAGGCGAGCAUGGGCAGCUUGGUGGAUUGCGUCCGGUGCUUGUGCAGCCCACCUUUCGCGCUAUUCCACUGCUGUUUGGGAUGCAUAUGGCGCAGGUGGCUGCCGCAGAUGCCCAUAGCUUUGUGCUGCUUCGCAAUGGGUUACUUUACGCCUUUGGGGACAACACGUGUGGUCAGUUGGGUGUGGGACACACGAAGCGUAUCAACCGUCCCACCUCGGUUCCACUGAUUCACAGAGAAGGGCAGGAGGCAUCUGGGGCGCACGACCACACCACAGCGACCACGAAGGGUCGCCGACAGCUAGACGCGAAGGCCUACGCGACGUUACGGGCGCCCUACGCCUCUACGGAGAGCACCUACUACCCCUUGCGAGUACCACGUCUGCAAGCCGAUCCGAAUCCUCGUGUCCUAACCGGCGACAAGGACCGUGACAACGGUGCAGCCUUCGCCGAAGCAACCAAGCACAGUGACCAGUACCAUGAGUUCGAGGUGGCAGGCUUAAGCGUUAGGGUAGUGCGUGUCUAUUGCUGUGUCUCGUGGACGCUACUGGAGACGACGAACCCUGGCGUGUGGCUUUCGUGCGGAACCCCACUGACGCGUGGCGUGAAUCAGACUGAUGUGGUCACGGCGACCGCGCGCAUAGAUGGGUGCGGGAUGCUGGGUCGACCGCUUCUGCGCAACAAAGUCGAAGCCUAUGUCUUUCAACCUGUUCACUGGACUGAGGCCCUGCUCAAGAUGCGGCCGCACGUUGACACAGCCACUGCUGCCUUCGCCGCACCACUGGGAUCGGUGCGAACUGAGCCUCAGUUUUUCACUGCCGGCCCCUUCGACAGCACUGAGGAGGGCACUUCUGAUUCGCUGCAGCUCCCGGUCAUACAGGCAAACCGCUGCCCACCGUUUUCCACCUCAGAUGAAGGAAACUCUUCUCCGUGCAUCCCCGUAGUCACCACUGCAGCGGCUGCGGGGUGUUGUAGCACCGUCGACAGUCGACUGAGCCACACCGUGCCGAGUUUGUGUCGCCCGACCAAGGAUAUAGAAAAGGGAAUCUUGCGCGUCAGCGACACUAUUGUCAGUGCAUACCCAACAUCGUUGCUCAUGGCUCUCUUGAACGCUAAUGCCGGAGACGUAGCUCGUGAUGGUAUUGUCACUAGCAUGCUCAUCCAGAGCGGGAGCCCAGCAGUUGCGGCGUUGGAGGUGCGGACGGACAAUUUCUCUGGUGUGCGCACGGUGAUGGGAAGUCCUGCCCCUGCUAGCCUGGGUGGGCCGCUGUCUGCGGGGUCAAGCGGGACCUCCGUGUUGCAUGUGCGCUCCACUCAUGGAGUUGUCAUACCACUGCCCUCCUAUGUCCUUGUGAUGUAG